AUGGCAAAGUCUUCAGAUGCUGUGGCGCCCAAAUCCGAGUCGGCGUCGCCCUACCAGCUCGAUUCCGCCCAGGCUUUGCGCGCCGCAAAGGCCUUGACUGCACACAUCAAGUCCUCCGAGAGCACCAAGACGGCCGCGUCCACCAAGAAAAACCUCCUUGAGGACGAGUCUUCCGAAGACGGCGAUGUCGCCGCCGACGGCCAGGUCCCAGUGUGGCUGAUUGUAACCACCAAGAAACACAUUGUCGACAAGAAGCGCCUGAAGCCAACCAAGAUUGCGCUGCCGCACCCUUUGCCUGCGCCUGGCCAGAGAAUAUGUCUGAUCACCGCGGACCCCCAGCGCUCGUACAAAGACCUGAUCGAAGAAUCGGCCUUCCCUCAAGAAUUGCGCGAGCGCAUUGGCCGCGUCAUCGGCAUUUCCAAGCUCAAGGCGAAGUACAAGACCUACGAGGCCAAGCGACAGCUUUACGCCGAGUAUGACAUUUUCCUGGCCGACGAUCGCAUCAUCACUUUCCUUCCUUCUGCUCUCGGCAAGGUUUUCUACAAGACCACGGCGAAGCGCCCCGUGCCCGUCCACCUGAUGGGAAACGAGAAGGUCCAGAAGGACGCCGAGGGCAAAAAGGCCAAGAAGUCCGGCGAGGACAAGAGCUCCAGCAUCGUUGGCGCGCCGGCUGCCGUUGCGAAGGACAUGCAAAAGGCUCUGGAUUCAGCCCUCGUGCACCUGAGCCCGUCCGCAACUACUGCCAUCCGCAUUGCAAACGCAAGUUUCGAGCCCAAGCAGAUCACAGAGAACCUGAAGGCCGUCGUUCAAGCGCUCACAACGCAGGAGAAGCUGAUUCCGAAGGGCUGGAGGAACAUCCGCUCGCUCCACAUAAAGGGGCCGGAGACGACUGCUCUGCCGGUCUGGUUGGCGGAUGAACUGUGGGUGGAGGAGCAGGACGUCCUGGACGAGAAGCACAAGCCGGUUGAUAAGUCGGAGAGGCUGAAGAUCAAGGAGGACGAACAGAACAAGAAGCGGAAGCCGCUUGAGGAUGCGAAGGAAGAAAGCACCGAGAAGCCGGCGAAGAAGUCCAAGAAGGAGAAGGUGCAGGGUGCUGACCUGAGCAAGGAAAUCGCGCAGCGCAAGGAAACGUUGCGGAAACAGAAGAAGGCAGCUAAAGCCGACGCAUAG